GGCGCAGGCCGCGGGGCCGGAUCCGGGGGGGAGCGAGCGAGCGGAGGCGCGGAGGCGCGGAGGACCCGAUUCACUCGCUGGGGAGAUCUAUGGGCCGAAGCCGUGUAAAUGCGUUUUAAGCAGGGGCCUCGGCUCCGCAACUGCCACUCCUCCUCGGGGUGUUGCACAAGUUUCGAGGUCACCGGCGACCCCCCCUAGCAGUGCGCCUGGCUCUGGCCCCUGCGAAGGAGGACGGGGCGUGGUAAGGUGUGUUGCAUACUUUCUAAGGCGGCAGCGGCGGCGGAGGCAGAGGCAGCGGCGGCGGCUCCAUCCAGCCCAUCGGCUCCUCCUCCUCCUCCUCCUUCUCCUCCUCCUCCUCGGCAUGGCAGGCUACCUGAGCGAAACGGACUUUGUGAUGGUGGAGGAGGGCUUCAGCACCCGAGACCUGCUGGAGGAGCUCACUAUGGGGGCCUCUCAGGCCACCACGGCAGAGAUGGAGUUGGUCCAGCGUAUUGGCGUCCCUGCCAGUAAGAUCAUCUUCGCCAAUCCCUGUAAGCAAAUUGCACAGAUCAAGUAUGCUGCCAAGUACGGGAUCCAGCUGCUGAGCUUUGACAACGAGAUGGAGCUGGCAAAGGUGGUGAAGAACCACUCCAGUGCCAAGCUGCUGCUGUGCAUCGCCACCGAUGACUCCCACUCCCAGAGCGGCCUCAGCCUCAAGUUUGGAGCUUUGCUGGAUUCCUGCAGACACCUGCUUCAGAACGCCAAGAAGAGCCACGUGGAGGUGGUGGGUGUGAGUUUUCACGUUGGCAGCUGCUGUCCUGACCCUGAGGCCUAUGCUCAGUUCAUCGCUGACGCCCGGAUUGUGUUUGAAAUGGGCGCCGAGCUGGGCCACAGGAUGCACAUCCUGGACCUUGGUGGUGGCUUUCCUGGAGUGGAGGGGGCCAAAGUGAGAUUCGAAGAGAAAAGAAAAAGAAACAGACUUGGAGCUGUAGCAAGUUUUCAGCAUAAACCCCACUUUCAAACAUGUAGUUGUCCACCCCCAUUCUCCUGCCACCAGAUUGCUUCUGUAAUCAACUCGGCCUUGGACCUGUACUUCCCGGAGGGCUGUGGCGUGGACAUCUUUGCCAAGCUGGGCCGCUACUACGUGACCUCAGCCUUCACCUUGGCAGUCAGCAUCAUCGCCAAGAAGGAGGUUCUUCUGGACCAGCCUGGCAGGGAAGAGGAAACCGGUUCUGCCCCCAAGACCAUCGUGUACCAACUCGAUGAGGGCAUCUAUGGAAUCUUCAACUCAGUCCUGUUUGACAACACCUGCCCUACCCCCGUCCUGCAGAAGAAACCUUCCACAGAGCAGCCCUUGUACAGCAGCAGCCUGUGGGGCCCGGCGGCUGAUGGCUGUGACUGUGUAGCUGAGGGCCUGUGGCUGCCGCAACUACACAUAGGGGACUGGCUGGUCUUUGAGAACAUGGGCGCCUACACUGUGGGCAUGGGUUCCCUCUUCAGAGGGAUCCAGACCUGCCGCAUCACCUAUGCCAUGUCCAGGGUGGCCUGGAAAGCACUGCGAGAGCAGCCGCUGCCUGCAGAACAGGAUGAGGACGCUGAGGGCAUGUGCAAGCCUCUGUCCUGCGGCUGGGAGAUCACAGACACCUUGUGCGUGGGCCCUGUCUUCACCCCGGCGAGCAUCAUGUGAGCGGCCCUGUUCCCCCCGGAGAACCCCAGCGGGGCCACAGAGAUGCCUCUGGGAGAGGUGGGGAAGGUGGCAAGCAGGGCACCCUCUGGCCAGGACUCCGGUGCUUGCUCUGCUGCCCCCCCUCCACCCGUAGUGUUUCUGCCCUGUAAAUAGGACCAGUCUUACACUCGCUGUAGUUCAAGUAUGCAACAUAAAUCCUGUUCCUUCCAGCUGUGUCCGCCUCCUCUGCAGCGCCAAGGGGCUGGUCAGCCAGAUGUGGGGUGUUCUCAGGGUUUCCCCUAGUCUCCUUCCCACUUUUGUAAAUAUGAUGCAAAUAAAUAUUUAGGUUUUUUAAUAUUCCAGUGGAAUCUAGCAGUUCAAUUCCCAAAGCAGCCUGGCUAGGCCAGCAGUGAGAUUCCCACCUGCACUGAGGACCCCAUGGCCUCUGCCUUAGUCCUGACCUGGCUGCCGUGUGGGCAUCUCCUGUAGCACCAGCUCCUCUGACUCCUCUUCUCCUCUCCACAGGCCUCCGUGCCUGGCCUCCUGGGGAGGGUGAGCUGUCAGGUUAAGGUGGGGUCAGAGUUGCUUCCCUUCAGCCCUGGAGCUCAGCUCAUGCCUGAGAGGCGCCUCUGUGUGAACCUAACACUCCACCUAAGGCCGGACCCUAAGUGGGGGCAAUUGAGUAUUGACACAGCUUUGGAAAUUCACACCAAAGAUAAAGAGCAAAGAGAUGGGUUUUGAGGAGACCCUGCACCCCCACUCUCCUUGCAGGUCUGCAAGGCAAUGAGAGUAAUGCCAAUACCUGGUGGUUGGUUUUGUGAAUCGAGGCAGUACUGUUGUAACAGGGUUGGCCAUAGACAUUGUCACAUUUAGUGCCAGGGCCCCCAUGUUGAUGUCUCCUCACACUACCAACCAGUGAGCCACCCGGCCAGGGAAGAAUUGGUGGCUGUAGUAUAUCCAUAGAGUUUGUACAACCAUCACCACCAUCUAAUUCUAGAACAUGUUCAUCACCUCAAAAAGAAGCCCAUCGGCAGUCACUCCCCAUUUCCUCCUCCCCAGCCCUGGCAACCACUAAUCUAUUUUCCAACUCUACAGAUUUGCCUCUUCUGAACGUUUUAUUUUGACUUUUUAUACAUUCACUUGAUCGUCUCUCUGGGUAAGCCUGGUACAAUGUGGGUUUUUUCCACACCGCCAAGCAAUUCUCUGAAAUCAGCUAGGUGCCCUACAAUUUCACUCACUUCCGACACUAUCUACCUGUAAAUAAAGGGCUCAGUCCUACAAGACUGCCACUCCUGCCCCACUGCAGAGGCCAGUCCCCCAGUCCAGGCUGUCACCUGUGCUUCUGACUGACAGGCAAUAAAUCAGAGGUUCUGACAACCCCUUUCUUGGACUCAACUGAUUUGCUAGAGGGGCUCACAGAACCCAGAAGAAUAUUUUACUUACUAGAUUCCUAGUUUAUUAUAAAAGGAUGUAACUCAGAACAGCCAGAUGCAUAGGGCAAGGUAUGGGGGAAGGGCACGAGCUUCCAUGCCCUCUCCUGUGCCACUCUCCCAGCACCUCCAUGUGUUCACCUACCCGAGCUCUCCGAACCCUGUCUUUUUCAGGUUUUAUGGAGGUUUCAUUACAUAGGUCCAAGAGAGUAAGCCAUUGGCCACUGGUGAGUGAACUCAAUCUCCAGCCCCUCCCCACUCCCCAGAGGUUGGGGGUUGAGUGGGACACAGCAAAAGACACCUUCAGCACUCUCACCACUUAGGAAACUACAAGAAUUUUAGGAGCUCUGUGCCUAAAUGGGGAUGAAGACCGAAGAGAUAUUUCUUAUAAAUCACAAUGUCAUACCUGGACGUCCUGUUUCAGUAUCUUGACAGUCCUGGGUCCUGCCCGUGGCUCUGAGGUCAUCUACUGAGGCAAUGUGUUCUGAGUGAAUGAGGUUCUUGCCAAAAGCAGAGGUGUCUCCCAUUUCCAGGCUGGGCUAGUCUUUGAUACUUUGACAAUAAGUAGGCUGAACUCUCAGGACACCAAGAGACCCAGAGAGCAGCCAAUAGAAGUAACUCUACUGCCCCUUUGUUCUUCAUCCAAAGCCACGUUUUACAUAUUACCACGCUAGGCUCCGCCCUCCAUGAGACUGUUUCUGAGACUUCUUCUGUUUCAAUGCCCAAGCACAUCUGGACCCACUCAUGCUUUUUUUUUUUUUGUGGGGAGGGGAGAUGGGGAGAGGACAAACACAGGAUUUUCUGCUAGAAUCAGGCAUCUGCUUCCAAAGGUGGCAGGUGGCCGCCGUGAGAUCCAGGUGUAACUCCGUUACUUGUCUGAGGCAGGUGCACUGUGGAGAGCCCUCUGUGGCUUUUAAAGUGACAGCAGCUGGCACAGAGUUUGAACAGAUAUCUCACUGGAUCCUUUCAAUUAUUUCAUGUUCCAUUUGCUGCAAGAAUGUGAAAUCUAAUUUUCUGAGAAAGAUACACAGAACUUGAUGUGCCUUAUUUGAGAAUAAUAAACAGUCAUUUCUUUUCAGUUA